GGUGGCCUCCAGGAAAUGGCGACGCAAUGCGUGUGCGCUGCCCGGAGCGAGGACGCACCACUGGGAGGAGAAACUAGCAAACAGCAACAGGCGUCAGCAGCUUCGAGCAGCACUUCAAGGAAAGAAAGAUGAGCGACCCCAAUGCGCCCAAAGUCGAGCUUUUUGUCAAGGCAGGGAGUGACGGCCAAAGUAUCGGCAACUGUCCCUUCUCCCAACGUCUCUUCAUGGUGCUGUGGCUUAAAGGUGUCACCUUUGAUGUUACCACAGUGGACAUGAAGAGGAAGCCGGACAUUUUGAACGACCUGGCUCCCGGUGCCCAGCCGCCCUUCCUGUUGUACGGCAAAGAGGUGAAAACUGACACCAACAAGAUCGAGGAGUUCCUGGAGGACAAUCUCUGCCCCCCAAAGUACCCUCGUUUGGCAGCGCGUAACCCAGAGUCAAACACAGCAGGCAUGGAUGUCUUCUCCAAGUUCUCGGCUUACAUCAAAAACUCCAACCCUCUGACCAAUGAAAAUCUCGAGAAAGGACUUCUGAAAGCUCUGAAGAAACUCGACGACUACCUCGGCUCCCCCCUUCCUGACGAAAUUGACCAAAAUAGCGCCGAUGAAGUCACUUCCUCGUCCCGCCCCUUCCUCGAUGGCCAAGACCUUACGCUCGCCGACUGCAAUUUGCUUCCAAAGCUCCACAUUGUCAAGGUUGUGUGUUUACGGUACCGAAAAUUCUCCAUCCCUCAGUCUCUGUCCAACCUGUGGAGGUACCUGAACGCAGCAUACGCCCGGGACGAGUUUGCCUCCACCUGCCCGAUUGAUGAUGAGAUCCACUUGGCUUAUGCUUCUGUGGCCAAAGUUCUCAAGUAGGCUUGGGGGGGGGAAAUUGGUUCGGAUUCAUCCUAAAUUCAAUAAGUGGAAGAAUAUAUACAAGUGUACAAACAAGCAAAACAACAGCACAUACGUUACAUAAUUGGGGUUGUUUGGGGUUCUUUGUUCCGUCACGAAAUACAGUGAACCCCCUUUUAUCACCGGGGACAAAAUCAUUUUCAUGGUGUUACCGCUCCCACCGCCUAUAAAAACGUGUUUUAAAAUAAGUGAAUUACACUUUCUAAAGUAUUCCUUAGUGCCUCUUUUCACUCUUGUCAAGAAAUUGGGGACUAUCAUAAAACAUCACUCUGAGAGAGAUAAAAAAAAAAAAGACGGGAGAAGCGUGCUUCGAGCUGUUUAUAUGUCACACUCAGUUACGUUUACUGAACAACUGACACAAAACAAAAAUGGUAAACCAAACCAGGUCAUUAAAAAGCUAGCUACAUGCUAUCAUUUAAUGUGAAAGCCUUUGAUAGACUAAUGGAAAUUAGCUUCGAUGUUAACAGUAAAAAUACUCGCACCCACAUGGCCUCAAGUAGUAGAGUUUAAUUAAAAACUCAAUGGUGCCCAGUCAUGUUGCGGAAAGAACGCAACUUAAAAUUCAGCCCUGUCUGUAGACCGUAAAAAUCAAUUAAAAAAAAACAUUUGCUACAAAAUCCACAUUAUAACAGUGAUGCUAAAGAUGACUCGUGAUGCGCUGGGGGUUCACUGUACACAAUUCGUUUGUACUUUUGGGAGAUUUUACAGCCACAAAGCUGCCAAGUCAGAUGAAACCUUCUAAACUUAUUAAGCUUCAAUGUCAAUCUUAUUUUAUUUAGUCCAUAAUUCAACAACGCGGGGCCAAAGUAUUUCACGUUCACAUUUAUUACUCCUCGAUGCGACAAGCAUUGUCAAACUUUAAAUGUAAAAGCAUUUUUGUUCGUCGUAGCACACAAUAACUCGGAAGUCGGAGGCGGGGUGGGGGGGGUUGCACAGACGCAGGGACAGGAAGCCAUUUCAAGAGCUCGAAUCUAUUGAAAUGGUUUCCUUUUCAGCAGCUGUGAAUGACUGCUGUAACCUGCUGAGGCAAGGAGCUACAUUUCAAUCCAUCGUUCAUGUAUGAAGGACUGUUUUUGUAGAAUGUUAAAAAAAAAAAAAGUUUUGCACAAAUUUCUUUGGGAGUAUCGACGACGCGCAAGUAAAUUUGGUGAAUUUCUAUCAGGGGGGAAAAAAAAUUGUAGGGCACACUUCACCCGUGAAUUAAUCAAAUAAUAUGAUGAAAUAUUUGUUCACACGCUUCUGGCAAGCCGACUGAACGCAGCUGACAAAAGAAACGAUUUCAGGGCGUGUAGUUCUUAGUCAGCAAAAGCACAAAUGUUGCAUAAUCCUAUUCAACCGCUCAUACAAUGCGGGCGUGACACAGCAUUCAUCUCAGCAUGAUUAUAAAUUAGAAAUGGAUCUUGCAACUUUUCUCCGGAGUGUGUUCAUUUUUCUUGGGUGUGGCCCCCCCAAUCCUCCAUCAUAUGAAUUGAGUAUAGCACUUAGCGCUGUGCUGCAAAUGUUAUGUGCAUGUCACAAGUUGCUCAGACAAAGGGGGGCGGGGGGGGGGGCAACAGGAAGCUGAUGAUGCUGCGACUAAAAAUAAUAGUGGGUUUUCGAUCGGGUUUUAAGAUAAGCUUGAAGAAAUGUGCACUCGCGUGAAUGAAGGAUCCACAUUUAGGGCAGUGAAGGAAAACAUUGAAAAAGGGACUUGAAGUCAAUUUACUGUUUGUUUCCCUCUUGUUUAGCUCGCUCGGAUAGGGGGGUAAAAAAAAAUGCAGACUGGGAUCAUUUAGUUUUAUUGUGUGUUAGCAGUUACAGUGACUUAACAAGUGACUUGAGAGUGAACUAAACUCGAUGUAAUUAUGGCGAUACGGCUUCAUGAGCUGUAGCGGCAGCUUUUUUUUUCGCUGGCCCCGUGCUUCAUGAAACUGUCGGCGAAAGGAAUUCAAAUUUCAUUGAACGAAAGUUCACGUCUUUGUAAGGAGUCCACCUUAGCCUCAUGUUGACCAGAUGAAAGGUUAAUUCAAGAAGAAAA